AUGGUUGCAUGCGGUUGGCAAUAAUCAACCUCUAUCAAACCUCGGUUUAAUAUCUCUCUAACCUUGGUUUAACUUCAAUCUGACUCAGUUUGAACUCAGUCUAACCUGUUUCUUGAAUACCCAAUUGUUGUGGAAUCUUAAAAAUAAUGCUUAAAGCCGUUUUAUAUAUAAAUUUUUAAUUGGCUUUACUCCUAUUACAGGUUAAUUUAACAUUUUUGGUUCAAGAUACGAAAAACGGUAGCGCGAUCCUUUCUCCAAAUAUUCAACUUUGCCGAUGCGUAAACGGUGAAUGUUUUGUUCCUGAAGCUACAUCAGAACAGGAGGCAGCAAUCGAAAAUACUUUUCUUGUUAUGUCAUGCAAUUGUCUUUUUGGUUAUACCGGGGAAUUCUGUGGAGAAGUGAGAGAUUUCUGUGCAGGAGAAUUGACGCCACCUUGUAAUCCUUUGGUCACAUGCGCUAAUUCUGCAGCAGGUUUCAUGUGUGGGAAUUGCCCGAAUGGGUACGAAGGAAACGGACAAAUUUGUUCAGGUCAGUUAAUUAACCAAUUAUGGAAAUAACUGACAGUCCUUAUACUCCUUCCACUAUAGUUCGCUUCCACAGUAUCAUAUGUGGCACUAGUAGCUACGUAGUAUGCUUAAACGACAUAGCCGUCUACUGUUAAUAUAUGGGUAUACAUGGCUGAUUGAAAUAACCAACCAUGCAUAUAUUUUUUCGAGCACUUAAGGUUGCAACUCCAAUUUUGAGACUUGUCCAAAUUAUGGAAGUUCUUAUAUCCUUCUUAUAUCAAUAAGAUCAAAAAUGACCAAGAAAUCGUGUGUUAAAACUAUAGUUGCUCGAAAUCAAAUUUUUCCGCCGAUGGGAAUUCGAAGUGAGACGUACAAACAAAAGAUAAUGCAAUUUAAUUAAUCAACAAACUGUUAUGUAGCAAAAUUUACAUAAAUUCGUGUUCAUUUAAAGAGAUUUAAGCUCCUAUGCCUUCAACAUGUUGAACGAGAAGAAAUUCGCGUUAAAUUUGCAUUUUAGUUUUCAGCGAUGAUUAGCAUUUCAAAGCCUUGUGGGACUAACUUUGAAAGAAAAAAUGUCCAAUUCCCAUCGGCGGAAAAUUGUGAUUUUUAUGGACUUUUUUUGUCAAAGCAAUACUCCUUCAUUUUCCAACUAAAUGACGCGUACGGCAUGUCAUUUGAAAGGUAAAUAAAUGAACUUAACAAUGGUGUAAAAACCAACCGAAUUUGUCAAAUAUAUUCUGCGUUAUUACACGCCAAAUUUGGAUUCGAAUUAUUUUGAUACACACUGUAGUGAGUUAUUUGGUCAGUAAAAUACUAAUCAAGGCGGUGACAUAACGUCAUUCACUCUAUCUCAUGGUAAAAGCCUGAAACAUAUAUUAAAGGUAACGUAGUUACACUACAACAGGUCGCGAGGGGAAUUUUUGGCGACAUCAUCAUCCAUAUACUUGUUUAAUAAUGGCCGCGGCACACUUUAAAUUUCUAUUUUUAGGAGACGGCGCUUAUAGAGGGAUGUGUUUAUUUGAGGACGGCGCUCUUUAUUAAUUGCUUUAAUUUACCGUAUAGAUAUUGACGAAUGUCAAGGAAAUCAAACGGUUUGCGAUCAAAUAUGUACGAACACAGUGAGUUCUUACUUUUGUGGAUGCAACGAUGGCUUUUCUUUGGAUUCAGAUGAAAGAACUUGCAGUGGUAGGUUUAUUCUAUAGUAAGCAUAACUGAGAGUGAAUUGUUCCUAAACAGCUUAGCAUACUAUAUAUGAUACAAAAAUUUAGAUGAGAAUUGCAAAAAUUAUAUAUGUAUACGGCUGCAUAUAUUGACAGAAAGAUUUUUCUAAAUAAACAUAUUUUAAUAAUAGAAAUAUUAACAAUUGCCCAAGAGCUUUCAGCUGACAAGGGGCUCUUGUUCUAUAUUUACAAUAAUUUAUUAUCAAGUAGGAAGUAGGCGGUAAAUACAUUAUGACAAUUUAACAUUUCAUAAAGGAUCAAAAGUUAGAGUAAUAAACAAGUAGAGGAAAAAGAGAGAGAAAAUAUUAAUAAUUAGGUGUAUCACAUGGAAGAGUAAUACUGGACUACAAAACCGGUUUGGAAUUAAUUAUAAAAUCUUGUACUGCUAAGAACAGAAUUCUAUUUGAGUCAAAGUCAACUUCGCUAUAUAUCCAUGUAUAUAGCAAGUAAUUAAGUUUACCAUUAUCAUUAGCUGUAGUCCAGUGGUAAAGUAAGCAGUUGAGAGCGAUUGGCCUGGAAGCGCGAACAAUCCAACAAAUAAUGUUUACAUGUCUCUCUCAAAAAAGGAUUGACCCAUUCACCUGAACAAGAGACAAUGAAGUCGUAAGCCUCGUUGACACAUUCUUGUACUAAUUUGACGGACAUUAAUUUGUAUAAAUAAAGUGUCCACUGCAUGCGAACACUGUAAUUUCGGCCCCCAAACAGUUUUCAAAAACUUGGCUGUCUAUAACAGUUCCACCGUUCUAAACGUCAUGUUUUUAAGUUAUAUGCCUCAGAUAUCAGGUUAUUCAUCUUUUUCAAUGUUUCGUCUUUCGGAUUACGUUAGUUUUAUAUUUUGUUUUUGGUAUGUUUCAAGGCUUUGGCGGCAAAACUUAAACAUAACAAUGUUUUCAUUUAAUUAUGUAAUAAUUAAACAUAUAUAUUUUAUCUGCUAUGCAAUAAAUAUUUUGUAUAUUUUUUAAACCUACAGAUAUUGACGAGUGCUCAAAACCGAAUAACUGUAGUCAGCUGUGCAAUAAUACAGUCGGCUCAUAUGAAUGUUACUGCAGGAUCGGAUUUUUAAUCAAUUCUGAUAACCCCACAACCUGCACAGGUAAAUAUUCAAACGAUUUUGAUUUCUGCUCCAUAUCACCUGACACGACUAAUGAACCUAUUUCAUUUACACACAAAAUUGAACCUUAUUUAUAGGUUUUUUAGACAAUAUUUCUGCCAAAUAGUCUACUCUACGUAAAGCAAUAAGAGGGAACGCAAAAUCCCGCCAGUGCUAAUGUAGGCAAUAUAAAAAAUCAAUGAAUUAAUACUAAAAUUUUUUCUAUGAUUUUAUUUUGCAAAAAAAUAUUUAAUAUGUACAGAUUUGAUCAUUAUGGUAAAUGCCGUGGUUAGGUUGAAUGCUAAUCCCAUAGCAUUGUCAGGACAAUUACCAAGGGAAUUCUCACUUUGCUGAUUAACAUUAGUCGUAUAUAAACCAACGUGGGGAUCACGCAAACAAAAUGGCCAACAAGAUAUAGAAAGGAGUGUUAAUUUAAAAUACGAGCAGGAGUGUUUAUCAGAUAUAAUAUGCCUGAUAAAACACGGACUGUGAGUCUCUUAAAUGACUUCACGACCAUUUGAUUAGUUCAUUGGCGACGAAAUUUCAAAAAUAAACGUCGUCGAGGUAUGAAAAUCAAAGCUAAAGUUUAUGUAAAUGAACAGGAUUUUUUAUCACUUAUAAAACCAUCGACACAGCAGUGAUUUCCCUUGUCUUCUUCUCAUAAAUUACUAUAAAUUAAUAACUUUAUUUCCAGCGAAAGUCCAGUGUGACGCAAAUAAUGGCUGUGAUCAGAUAUGUUACAUCGAUCCAAUUCAAGUCGGACAAGAAAAAUGUGCCUGCAAUAUUGGAUAUAGUCUUCAGGAAUCAGAUAUGAAGUCGUGCGACGGUUAGUUUAUUGCAUACCACAUUACCAACCCUCGAAAGUAUAGAAAUCCACUAAAGAGUUGAAGCCUACUAUGUGCAUGAUAUUUGAAAACUUUACCUUCUUGUACUUUUUAUUUUUUAUCUUUUUAAAAUCAUUUUUAAUUAUUUUUAAUUCAUUAUUUUAAUUAUUUUCUUAUAUUUGAUAUUUUUAAUUUACUAUUUUUAUUUAUUUUUUAGAUUAUUUUUAUUUAUUUGUUGUUUCUUAUUUUAUAAUUAUUACUUUAAAAUUUAUUUUUAUUUAGCCCUUGCUUCCAUAAUAAAUAUCACAGGUUUUAGACGACUGAAUAUAUAAUUGCACUGUUCAGAAUAUGUACAGUACGUUCACUGAGUAAUGUUCAAUUAUCCCGUUUCGCUUCUUAGACAUAAAUGAGUGUCAAAGUACACAAGACAAUCUCUGUGAUCAAACAUGUACUAACACAGUAGGCAGUUACACUUGUUCAUGUUUGGAAGGAUAUUCAUUCACAAGUCCAUCUACUUGCACAGGUUUGUAUGCAAUAAUAUUCUUUCAUAUUAUGCCAUAAUAACUGAAGCGGACAUGUAACACAAAAAUUGUGUUAUUCAAAUUAUACAGAAGAGUUUCCAAAUGAAAGAUUAACUUCCUUUUUCUAUUAUUUCUUUACAUUUUCGUAUUUUGUCCAAUCCCUGCGAUGAAUUAAAUUGAGUUUUGGCAAAGGUAAUUUUGCCAGACGCCAUACAGUGCAUGUAACGCAACAAAAAAAUGAAGUCACUUGAGUAAAUACAAAAGUAUCUGAAAAAAUGAUGUCACUUGAGUAAUACAAAAGUAUCUUUUGAGUAUCUGAAGAUUUGAAAGAAAAAUAACAUCGAAAACUACAUGUUACCAAAUUACGUUUAGUUUCAAUGAGGUAACAUGUACAUCAUGAUCUUCGCGGUUUAGUUAUAACCACUUCCUAUUUCUUAUUACUUGAACGUCCAAUUACCAAUCUGGAUCCAGUUUGGCGAAGGCUAAUAUCGCUAUCCUCAGGAUAGUAAUUUUUUCAACCGUUGUAAAGGGUUUAAAAAGCACUUUAAUGGGGAUAUCGCUAUAGAUAUUAUAACAGUUUAUGGCUUUUCCCAUUCCCCAUGUUUGAACACCGCGGAAAAACGUCUGCGCAUGGGCACAAAAAAGAUGGCGAGGAAUUUAAAUGCCAAAUUGUAAACAAAAACAUGGCUAUUUAAUUAUUUAAGGUAAUUGAAACAAAAAAAAUACACUAGACGGGUAGUUUAUACUGUACAUUAAAAUAAAAAAAAUUACAUAAAAAUUAUCGUUUAAGACUGGGAGGCGUGUGAACACCAAACUUAAGCACAAAAGUUAAGAAAACUAUCGAAUAGUUAAGCAUCUGCACACGAUUUAAUUGACUACUUCUUGCACAUGUAGACUAUAAUUAUUUCCAGUGUUUAGGUUGUCACGUUCAUUAUUCAGCUUGAAUUUUCAUAGAAAAGGCAAAGCAUCGAAGUCGCUCCUUGUCCCUUCCAUUUUGAGUUUUUUACAACAUUUGGAACACUAGACAUCACGUUCGCAAUACAGAUUUCAGUAAUGGUGACGCAUGCGGUGUUCCAUGUUUGUGUCUGUCAUCACCACUCCCAGAAACCCAUUGUAUAUAUAUUUAAAAAUUUUCUUUUAUACCUUCAGAUAUAAAUGAGUGUCUUACUGGUGACUUUGUUUGUAAUGGAGUAGGAGAGGAAUGUGAAAACAUUCCAGGAAGUUACAGAUGUGCAUGUUCUAAGAGGUUGAACAUGGUCAGAGUUAAUGGAACGUGUAUUUGUAAGUACAGGAAAAAAUCAACAGCAGGACAUGUCUGUAUUUUUCAAGAUUUUUGUGGGUGUUGACUAGUGAGUUCUAUAGUAGUCCGAAUAUGAAUAUUUGAGGAAAGAAUAUUAAUAUUUCGUAUGAAAACAUAAAUAUUUGUGCCGGGAACACUGCAAAAAAAACAAUGUGUAUUUUGAGCUAAUAAAAGCUUGAGUAGACUAUAAAUAAAUACACCUAUAUCAUGACUAAAAAUGAGUAAAAUCACUCAUAUUUACGUGGUAAAUUCACUCAUUUUUAUUUUUGUCAUACAAGUGAAUCUUUAAUGUGAAGAUUGAGUAAAUUUUGCUUACGAAUUUGAGCAAUACUGAAAAUUAUUAGUCACUGUUACUUUACUCACAUUUUUCAGCGAUUAUGAAUUUAUUUAAUAAUAAUUUGCAGCGAAUAUUGCCACUAAUGCAGAUAGAAAUAUAGUAAAUAUUGAAUGCUAGUAAAAAAAUUCCGCUUCCAUGCACGCCCAAAGUAUGUAUGGUUAUAGCAUAGAUUUCAAGUCCGGGCAAUUUGAUCAAAUCUGAGGUGAAGCCAAGAAAAAUCCUAAUCUGUUAAAAUUCCUUGUUAAUUUUACAUAAUUCGUGUAAUUUCAGCUACUAUAUUACAUGGAGUCUCUUUUUAAAGUUUUCUCCCCAAUUUUUGCCCGACUUACGUUCAUAAUUUGCCCGACUUCAUAAUUUGCCCGACUUCUUCCGACACUAUGAAUGUAACUAUGCAAGCGAAAUUUAAGCUUUAAUAGAUACUUAUCAAUCAGUCAAUCAAUCAAUUAAAGCAAUAUGGUUGGGUGAUUUACUCAUGAAUUAUUAAUGAGUUUGAGAUGGUUACCUACGAACUAAAAGGGAAAUUCUUUCUCAUUUUUUAGUUAGGGAAGACGAAAGUAUUGUGGCUGAUUUAGCUCCAGCAGCACCAAGUGCUACCCAAGAACAAACAGAUAAUGCCAUUCAAAUAACGUUGGCUAACUUUCAGGAAGUAAACGUGAGUUUAUAAAUGUUUUUUCAAUAUCCACAUAUACGUCGAUCUUUAUUGCAUGUUUAAUAUACGGAAGACAUAUAGUUGUUUGUUUCUUCAAUUUGCCCGAGAAUAACAUAUAAUUGGUUUAUUUCAAAUUCAAACACGGAUCUAAAAUUAGUAAGCUGCUAAUACAUUGUGCUUAUAGAUUUUUAUCAUGUUAGAAUGGAACGUAUAUAAGCACGUCAAGUCCUGUAUUAAUUUAAUCUCUAAGUAACUUAUGGGCCACCUAGUCUGGGAAGAAGAAAUGUAUUAAGCCACCGUCUCUAUAAAGUUUCCUUCACGCGACAAAGAAAAACAAAUUCAUCUAUAUUACUUUCCCCUUUCGUUUCUUCAUUCACACAUUAAAAAUGCUUGUUCAACACCAAAAAAUGGUGAUAGUACAAUAACUACUACGUAAUUUUCUGUGUUUGAAUAAAAUUGCCAUCAUAUUUAUUCUGAUCUCGUUAAACUUUUUUGGCUAAAUCGAUACCCCUCACUUUCCAUAAAACCCUUUCUCCAAUAAAAGUUAAAGGAUCUUGUUGACGGAAAAUAUCGAGUGGAAAUGUAUAUACAUUUAUUAGACCUAAGCAGAAACAGCCGCGAAGAAUGCUGGGUUCCUGCCAGAAAUCCAACCUGCGGCCUAGCGAUUACGGUCUAGCGCUCUAACCAACUGAGCUACAGAGGCCAGUUAUCGAUUUCUAACCAAACGUUCAUGUAUGUAUAAUUAUAGGGUAUUGCCAUGUUUAGGUUAUGGGUAAAUUUCAAGAUUUUGUUGGCAUCUAACUAUAGGUUCAACAAUAUCUAAAAAGGGUCUCGAAGAACAGAAUAAGUCCUGAAAGUCUAAAUAUAUAAAAGGCCUGAUCUCGUAAAACUUUUUGACCAAAUUAAUACCCCUCACUUUCCAUAAAACCCUUUCUCCAAUAAGAGUUGAAGGAUCAAGUUGGAAGUUAUCGCGUGGAAAUUUAUAUACAUUAUAUACAUUUGCUGACCUAACCUGGAAUAGCUGCGAAUAAUGCAACUAUUGGUCCCUGGCAGGAAUCGAAUCUGCUAUUUCCUGCACCGUAAUCGCACGGCCGCAGGUCGUUUCGUGCCAGGAACCUAUAUAUAGUUGCCUUUUUGGGAGCUGAUCCUGGUUAGGUCUAGAAAUGUAUAUAAAUUCACACUCCAUAAUUUCCAUGAACAAGACCCUUCAACACUUAUUGAAUCGAGUGAGAUGCCAUCGAGCUUGAUAUUUACCCCGAAAAUAGCAGCUCCCAGUGCUUAAAUAAUUCAACCAACACUGAAACACAAAGUUUACAUAAUAAACUUCUUCCGUUCUCGCAUUUGUUUAGUACACCGUGGAGGCUAAUGUGCUGUUUAAAGAUUCAGUGGUUAAAUUACUCAAUGACUUUUGUAACGAAAACACACUCAGACCUCAAGAUUGUGGGGUGGAACAGUAAGUUGAUAUACCUUAUUGUCAUAUAUGUGAGUUAGACUUUGUCACAAAAGCUUAAGGGCCGCUGUUCCAAACACAUCAAAUAAACAUAUACGGUAGAUCUCAAGAAAUAAUUUUAAUUGUGAUUCUAUGACGUCACAAAUGCAACAACAAUAUAACAUGCCUGCAUGGUUUUAGUGGCAUGAAUUCACUAUAUUGGGAUUCAUAAUACAAAUACAAAAUAAUAUACAUGAACUUUUACCCCAAAUAUAGGCCUAAUUAUCAACGAUGCAUUUCGUAUUAUGUCUAUAUAGAAACCAGCUAUUCUUCAGUGAAUUAAACGUUAAACGGCUGCCCAGUUACCCCAGCAAUCAAGGAAAUGACGCCAUUAUCCAAUUCUACGUCGAUUAUCCAAGCAUUAUAAGGAAUGCCACUGUUGAUCAAGCUAUCUUAGCAUCUAUUGUGUUUGCCGAACUCCAAAAACUUCGAGACCUAACUGGUUUCAGCAUUACACUCGACACUUCAGUCACACCUCCAAGUCCAGGUACUCCGACAGCCACUCAGAGUGCAAACGCAGUACAGCUUCUAAUAUCCAGUUUUUCAACAAGUCAGGUAACUAUGGUGUUGUAUUGUAUAUUACGAGUCCAAACCAAAAUAGUAGAUAGCAAAUAACAUAGUGUCUUUACGUUAGCACAGAGCGUUUUCUAAGCCUAGCUAGUUAGUAACUUGAUAUCGAUAGAAAGUUAAUAAAUAAAUGCAGUUUGCCAACAUAAAAAAAAACUAUUAAUGGUUCUAGCCAUGGAAUAUCUGCCCUUGAGCAUCUGAAAUACGACGUAUAUCCAAUUUGAAGUUUUGAAACAAAUUAAAGCCUUAAUUAAGAUCGAAAAUCCGAUUCAAUUCAAUGCUUGGUUUAAUUUUAUUUAAAUUUAAAGGAAUAUAUUUGUUUGUAAGACAAUAACAUUUAUUUUUUUAUGUAAUAUUUCAAAUCCGACAAUGAGGAUUGGACUACAUUUCAAGUCCACGCAGUUUGAUCAAGUCCGAAGCAAAGCCGAGGACUGGAUCAAAAUGCGAGGAAUUGAAAUCUAGUCCAGUCCGAGUUGGAGGAUUUAAAAUGACAUCUCAUACAAACAAAUCACUACAAAUUCAUUUUAAUCCAGUCCAAAGGCUGAAUUAAUUUUGAUCCAGUCCUAGGACUGCAACAAUAUACUUCACCAGGUAUCCAGUAUUAUCAUGUGAGCAAAAUAAAGCAAUAUGGUUGGCUAAUUUAGUCAUGAAUUAUUAAUGAGUUUGAGAUUAUAUUUUAACAGUGGACUACCUUUUAUGACACCGUAUUCCGGCGAGCAGUCGUUGUAACCCUGAACAGAUUUUGCGAAGUGGAUACAUAUUCGCGUACUGAAGACUGUGGUCUAUCUGAGUGAGUAUAAUGUUGGAUAAAUACUAUAUUUUCUACAUGGCCAAGUAAUGCAUUCUAGCAAAAGCACAGCGCACUACAUAUAUUUCUAUCGAAAUUGAUGGAAGCACGUGGUUCGCGGUCUUCCCCUUAGGCCGCGGGUUGAGCAAACUAUUGCAUGUAUAUUGAGCGGAGAUAUGGUGUAAACUUGGGCCGAGUAGAGCAUUAGCCAUGCGCGCUUCGAUGGUUUCGAAACUUCAGGCCUAUGAGCAUUUACGAUAUGCCGGGCAGCGAUAAUAUUCGAGGAACGCUAACAAAAGAAUAACAUCACUAAGCAGUUCAAUAUUGUGUUAAUUUAGAGUAUCUGUUCCUCCGACAUGGCCACCAUGCUUUUGUUCUACAUGUACAAAUCUCAAAGUGAUCGACUGUAAACCACCAAAUACUGUGUAUAUAGGCCAAAUUUGCUUUAGUUUUCAAAAUAUUAAAAAAUAAAGAAAAAGUGCCACAAUACGACAUCUCAUGAUUUUCCCGAAUUUUAGCAUCCAUGGACUAGCAGUUCACUUCAAUCAGAAAGUUAAGGCCGUACUAUUACAUCAAAAUCAGCCUUCAAGCAAGAUGUUGUACACCCGCUCUUUAGACAACACAGACAAAUUUGAAAACAUAACUACAUAAUUUGUGAUGUUACUCUGAGUUUGCCUGACCACGGUGGGAAUCGAACCCGCGACCUUCGGGAUAUAAUACUAGUCCAAUGCUCUGAUCUACCAACUGAGUUACGAGGUCAAGUCGAUUCGAAUUGGUGAUAUUUCGGAACUGAGUCUAGUUCCUUCGAUAUCAGUGUAUUCUAAGGUAUAAUAAUUUUGUGUGUUGGUGUCAUGUGCUCAGGUGAAUAACAUGUCACAAACAACAUAUACAUAACACAUAAUUACACAAUUCUCUGCAUAAUCACUUGCUUGAAACUUUUUACUUAACCAGAGUUUCUUUUAGUUCACAGAGCUUCGUUCUCGAUAACAUUGCUCGUCUUCCAAAUAAUCCAAUUCAGAGUGGAGAAAACGUUCAAGUUUCAUUUUAUGUCAAUCAUCCAAGUAACACAAAUCCUGUGGUACUUCAGAACGUUCUUGCUUCCAUGCUGGUGAUUCGCGAAUCGGACCUUGAGAGUGCACUGUCUCAGCAGGUUCAAAUCCAGACCUCUGCUGCACCAGCUACGCCACCGACCGCAACUUCUGGGCAAACAACUAACAGCGUUGUCAUUCGAAUAUCGUCGUUUGAUGCAAAUCGGGUAUGUUUCAGACAUAGACGCAGUAUAGGGACAACUCGAGUGUAUUUUACACGCGGAGGUAGAAAGGUUAAAAUUUUACACCGAAAUUUCACUUUUAUUACAAUAGAACCAAUAACCUGAAGGUUUCCCCCAAACCAUUCUUUGUUUACGUAAAAAUAAAAUGUUAUUUAAUAACUAUGCGUUUAUAAUAUUAUUACCUAUAUAUAUGUACUCGACAAACGAGGUGGGAAAAGCACGCCAAGCCACCAAAAUCAAUUCACCUCCAACAAUUGUUUGUAUCCCGAAUCAACGCCUGCGAAGCUCUCCAAUUUUAAAAAUGCAAACGGCGUUGCACGGAAUUACAAUUUUAUCCAAAUCAAAACAAUCAAAACAAUUAACUUGUUGUUUUUUAUAGUGGACGUACUUAAAUGAUCGUCGCUUAAGGAGUUCUAUUGCAAGUCGGGUUGCUAGCUACUGUAGUGGUCAUCUUGUGGACUGUCAAAUACAAACAGGGUAAACUAUACAGUCUAUUAUCUAAGGCGAAUCGAUUUUACCAAUUCAAUCACCUAUCUAAAACCUGUAUAUAUAUAUAUAUAUAUAUAUAUAUAUAUAUAUAUAUAUAUAUAUAUAUAUAUAUAUAUAUAUAUAUAUAUAAAGAAUAGCGUUGAAUAAACAAUGAACCAGAAAUAGAUUCUGCCAUGACUUUAGCUUCGAACAGUCAUGACAACGGAUAUAGUUUCACUUCAACGUUCCCUUUUCAUUUUACCAAUCAAUCAAUAUCCUUUCUCAACGCAAUACAUUAUUUAUUGAAUCAAUACGUAUAUACUCAAUCACAACCGGCAGAUUAUCCUACAAAAUAAAGUAUUGCUGUUGAGAUUAUAAUAAAAGUUUCCAGAUAAGCAAGCCAAAAUGAUAAAUUCACAAGAAAUUUUGUGAGAGAAUCUGCUAUGGGUAUAUAGGUAUAGAAUUUGACUAAUUAUUAGCCUUUUCUCACGCCAUGUGACCAGGCCAUCAGUGAAGUGAAGUGAAGUGAAGUGAAGUGAAGGAGUGAUUUAGUCAGUGAGCUCCAUAUAUAUCUGGAGUAGGAACUUGGUUGCUCAAAGUGAAGCCAGUUUCGUGUUAACCGCGCAUACAAAAACAAUAGAAAGGGACUGGAACUGACGUCCAAGAGCUCCUUCAAUUUCCGCCAUCUUGGCAAGGAGUGUGUUGAAAUUUCGUAUUUUGACUUCGAUUUAAAGAAUAAUAUUGUGAUUUUAUGAACUGAAAACUUGAUUAGUGAUACGGUCCAUUAGAAAAAACUGGAAUUAGCUUGGGAAAAUGGUAUAAAAACUGUUUACGACCUUCAGAGCUAUUGGACGUCAAUGGCCGCCAUCUUGGAUUUUUUUUGGCUUCACUUGGCCUAUUGCCAAAACAUUAGAAGUUCCUACUCCAGAUAUAUAUAUAUAGAGCUCACUGGAUUUAGUCAGGCAACUAGUAUUUAUAAACAAUAGUACUUUUUUACUUCACUAAAUUCAUAGUUGGAUGGCGUUAGAAAGGCUAAUUAUAUUAUUCCGCAGAUUCUAUGUCUACGAAAUAAUACAUAUCAUUUUCAAUAAGAACAUGCACUGCCUUCUAAAUUAUUUUUUAAUUUUACAGAGGCACAGCAUCAUUCACUGAAGCGAACGUUCAGCGUACUUCGUCAGCAACGCCAUCUGAUGUUGGUGGUAACAGUGUAGAUUACAGUUUCUACGUGAAAUACCCCAGUGGAGAAACUCCAAUAAUUCAGUAUAUCUUAGCUUCAGUUGUCAAGAUUGAGUUAGAUGCAAUGCAGUCUGAAUCAACCCUGUUCUUCUCACUGCAAACAUCGUUCCAACCUCCCCCUCCUACUACGCCAAAUUCAGAUCAAUCAAAUAACACGGUUUCAAUCAAGAUUCGUAAUCAACAGGCCGAUCAGGUAUAUCCAGAAAAAAUUAUCUUUAUAUAUACCUCAAUUUGAUUGGUUCACAUGCUAAAAGAUUUAUUUAUAUUUCAGUGGCAUGGCAUUCAAGACAACCAGCUGAGGGCUGCGAUAGCCACACAGAUUGCAAGUUAUUGCACAAGUAAUCUGGUCACAUGUGGUGUUACAAGGUACUGUAUGAUAAUGUUUCAGAAGUAACAAAUUACCAUGCCAGUGAUUGCUCUAAGGAUUCAUUACUGUACACUACACCAUUUUGUGCAGUCAAGCGUUAUUAAAUUGAUAAACGCUAGUUUUAUUACGAAAAAAGUGUGCAUUUUAACAACACAUUUGUUUUAUAAAAUGUACAUUUCGAAUCAAUUUCGAUUCAUCUUGAUCGAGCAGUAUAUUUACAAGAUAUGGCGUAUAAUGCUAGCCUUUUCAGCCAUGUCUGGCUGAAAGGUUGUUGCGUAAAGAGUAGAAGAGACUAUAGAUUUAAACCUCUCCGUGUAAUAUGUAGCACGACAACUUAUUUGUCCCCGUCCUCUCUCUUGUUUUCUAAAGAAAAGCUGAUAACGAAUAUCGUGUGGCACACGCGAAUGAAAGAAAUCGCGGGUGGAGAACAGAGGCGCGCGGUGGUCACACACGGAGCACGACAAAAUUGAAACAAAUAUCAUUUCAUGUGAAAAAUGUGGUUAUUAAAUCUUCUAAUUUUGUUCUGUUUAGCGAUCAAGUGUCGUUUGAUUCAUCACAUGUCACUCGGAUUGAAAGCUCCCCCGUACAAGAUGGAGAUAAUGUCACUUAUACCUUCUUUGUUAACUAUCCAUCUGGUAGUGGACCAAUACAGCGCAAUUUGCUUGCAGGAAUUUUAACCGCUCAAACGGUAGCGAUUGAGACAGCAACGAACUUGAGUUUAUCAGUGGAAACUUCUACAUUGGCUGCCACACCACCUGUAGCCAGUUCAGAUCAAAUGUCCAAAGCAAUUAUCGUGUCUGCGUCCAAUAUCCAAGCAAAUCAGGUAUAGGUUUUGCUGGCAUGGAGAAAUUUUGGAAUUAUUUCUUAGAAUACAGUAGCUGACCUUUUAUUGAGCUGAUAGAGAUAAAAAAAACAGAUAUAGUAUUACAGUGCAGUUACCUGGAGCAUGCGCAAAGUGCACCACAAAUGCGAAAACACAAUAUUUUUGAGUUAAUACCAAGCUUUUGAUUCCGAACAAGCUAAUAAAGUAGCAAACUCACGCAGCGACUUCGAGUAUAAUGCAAUGGCAACCAUCAUAAUUCACUGAGAUGCCUGAAACGCAUUCCUGCUUUUGACUGAUAUCAUAACUAAAAUUGGAGAGCCAGUUAGCUCGUUUCAAUUACCAGUAUAAACCGUACUUAGAUUAUGAUUGACAAUCUAUGCACGAGGACAUUAACAUACUCAUAUUUGUUUUUAAAUUCCAGUGGUCAGCCGUUCAAGAUAGUAAGUUCCGAGGAUAUGUAGCUCAGGCGAUUGCCGAGUAUUGUCAAGCAAGUGUAUCACAAACUCAAGAGUGUGAACUUCCAGCGUAUGUUCUUCUAUUUUGUAAUAUUUGCUGUACCGCAUUAUAGUCUAGUAUAGCCCUUACCAAACGCAUGUCGCGCAAUAUUUUGUUAUGUGUACGCAUGGAGAGAUGCGCGGUACAUUAAAUCAAAUAAUAGGAAUUCCAAAGUUUGACAAAAGUUACUCUUGACAAAGAUAAUCAAUAUAUCGUUUCAGAAAUCAAGCAACGUUUACGACCUCCCACGUCCAACUAGUGCCAGGUUCCCCCAGUCAGGAUGGCGGUAACGUGAGCAUACAAUUAUAUGUUGAUUAUCCUGGUGGUGGAACUAUGUCCCAGGCAAUUCUUCUCUUAAUUGUAAAUCAAAAACUGACUUCCAUUGCAACAAAUACAGGAUUACAACUCACGGUCGUGACGGUAAUUGUAAUUCCAACAGCACCACCACCGUCUCAGGAAAAUACUGAUAACGCUAUAAAUGUUGUAUUGAAAGAUUUCCAAGCAGAUCAGGUUUGUUUUUUUCAUGUACUUUUAAUUCCAAGGAAUAGCACUUUGGAAAUCGUCUGAUUAGGCUGUUUCACAAUGUGUAGAUAUUAUACAGUCUAUUACUAUUUAAAAAUUUACCCAAUGGACUUGGAAUUACAUUGAUCUGGUCGUGCAUAACGAUUAGCUGAAAUAACUGAACCUUCAAACUCUGGUUAAAAUUCGAUCUAUAUAGUUUAUGUCAACUGUAUAGAUUACACUUAUUGUAUUUGCGAUUCCUCAGUAAGGCGACCGCGCGUUCGAAAUGAAGGAUAAUUAUUGUGAAGUUUUUGCUAAUGUAAUCUAUUUCAGUGCAGCGUAAUUAUUAUGAUUUAAAACAACAUUAUAGUGGCGGAAAUCUCGGUGGGGCGGGGGGGGGGGAGAUUUCCGCUACUGCUUUCUAUAAUGUUGUUUUAAAUCAUAAUAAUUACGCUGCACUGAAAUAGAUUACAUUAAGAAAACUUUCAAAUUUCCGACAAACCCCCUCAUUUGCACUCGAAAGUGCAAAUGAGGGGGUUUGUCGGAAAUUUGAAAGUUUUGUCGGAAAUUUAGAAGGCUUCACCCUUCCCCCCCGGAAAAAGUGAAUUUCCUCCACUGAUAGAAAGUACACAUUGCGUACUUCAAAUUUUAUAUUGAUUUAUAUUGAUAGUUGAACUAUUUACUAAUUUACUAUUUAUGUAGUGGUCUCUCCGAGAUACACUGUUUCGGCAGAACAUGGCAGAGGAAAUCAGGGCAUUCUGUAACAUGUCAACGUACCAUCGUGAUAUCUGUAACAUUUCAGAGUAAGUCCUUCAAGCACAAUUUGACUUUUAAACAAGAUUGUAUUGCAAGAUAUAUAGAUGGUAGUUAAUAGCAUGCACUUGGUUCGAUAUCGUCUAUCCAGUCUGUUAUGAGAUCAGUUCAUAAUUUGGAAAUGAAUUUGUUCAUAACAAACGGGAUAGACUCUAUGAAGCCAAUUCGAGAGAGAUUUGGAGCAAGUCUUCGACUACCACGGUGGCAUCAUGCCGUUCGGCUACCACCAUUCUGAAUUUCUUCAAUAUACUACUGUGUAACUGGGAAGAUACCGAUAAUACUAUUUUUAUUACACAGUUUUAAUCUGAAUCAUACAUUUGACGUACAUAGCUUCUCAAGUGGCUAAAAAAUUUCAGAUGAAUAUUUUUUCUUGAUGUUAUAAAUUUGCUUCUUUACCACACCUUCUCGUGUUAUAAGUUGAGAUAUGUGAAAAUGACUUCUAUACAGUAAAUUUUAUAUCAAUGUUUGCUGAACGCAUAAUAUAUGGAUAUUUCCGUAUGAUAAGUCACCCCUGGCAUGUUAUACCAGACAUAUCACUCGAACAGUUGAUUUUAGCCCCAAGUGCAGUUUAUUCGUAGAUUAAACAUUGAUUAUCUGCAUUUCGCCUUUAGCGCUGACGUCAAUGGUUUUACCUCUGAUCACAUUCGAAGACUUCCGAACUCACCCACGCAAAAUGGAACCGAUUCUAUUCUCUCAUUUUACGCAGUUUUACCGAGUGGUAGUGGUUCAUUACCUAGCAGUGUCUUAGCAACCAUAUUUACGUCACAACAAGACAACAUUCUCUCCGUGACCAGCGAACUUGAAAAUCCAGGCGAAAGCAUAUCAAGUAGUCAAACUCCAGCUCUUACCCCUACCCAAACCCAAAACAUAGUGGCAAUAACAAUUUUCAACUUCAAAUCUGCAAAGGU